GAUCUCGGGCCCUCAGGCGGAGCGGCGGGCGCCGACCCCCAGGAGGAGCGACAGGUCCUCGGGCCCUCAGGCGGAGCGGCAGGCGCCGGACCCCCAGGCGGAGCGACAGGUCUCGGGCCCUCAGGCGGAGCGGCGGUGCGCGCCGGACCCCCAGGAGGAGCGACAGGUCUCGGGCCCUCAGGCGGAGCGGCGGGCGCGACCCCCCAGAUGGAGCGACAGGUCUCGGGCCCUCAGGCGGAGUGCGGCGGGCGCCGGACCCCCAGGUGGAGCGACAGGCGGGGCGGCGGGCGCCGGGAUCCCCAAGCGGAGGCAACAGGUCUCGGGCCCCCAGGCGGUAGCGGCGGGCACCGAGAGACACCAGGCACGACAGUGGGCUCCGAGUCAACUGGUAUGACCGCAGGCACUGGGUCAGACAUUGGAUGGUCUGGCUGGACAGCGGGGAUCGCAUCGGGUCACCAGGCAUCAGGUCAUUUGGCUCGA